GUAUGAUUGAAGAAUUUGUACUUAUUUUUUGAAAACUGACAGCUGUAACUUAUUUUUUGACAGCGAAUUGGGUCUCUCGUCCUCUUGCUCAUCACCCUAUAAGGCUGUUAAAAUUCGAUUUUGUUUACCGGGAAGUCACGUGCGAGUUUCCCGUGCCUUGAAGAGACACACUUUUCAAGAUAAUGGAUAAUGGAGAACUUAGCCAGAAUGUCAAAGUGGAUUCGAAAGAAUCGGCCUUUUAUGUAGAUGCGGCAAAAUACUGGGAACAAGUACCUCCCACAGUUGAUGGAAUGUUGGGUGGACUUUCAAGUAUCUCAGACAUUGACCUUAAAGGAUCUCAACGUUUCCUCAACUCAUUAUACCAGCUUGUUGAAUGCCCAGGAAAAGAAAGAGCUUUAGAUGGUGGAGCUGGCAUUGGACGCGUAACUCAAGGCUUUUUAAUGAAGAAUUUUCCUGUUGUAGACUUGGUUGAGCAAGAUAAACAGUUCCUAGAUGAAGCUGAAAAAGCUUUGGAACCAACAAAUCAUAAGGGUCAAUUUUUCAAUAUAGGCUUGCAGAAAUUUACACCUGAAGCCUGUGUUUAUGAUAUUAUGUGGGUGCAAUGGGUAUUGGGUCAUUUAACUGAUGACGAUUUGAUAUCUUUUUUCAUCCGUUGCAAAUCUGGUCUCAAACCCAAGGGUCUUCUUGUUUUGAAAGAAAACCUCACUUCAAGUGGGGAAGUGGAAAUGGAUAGUACUGACAGUUCAGUGACCAGACCACGUGCACUAAUUAUUGAAUUGAUUAAGAAAGCUGGGCUCCGUGUCAUUAAGGAACAGAAACAGCAACGAUUUCCCCAUGAACUAUACGAAGUACGUAUGUUUGCGAUACAACCAGUAUAGAAAUAUGACGACCAGUACAUGGAAUCCAAUGCUGA